AUGGCUAACAUUCCCGAUCCCACUGCCGAUUUGGACUGGACCUAUGAUGGCAGUAUCGUUGAACACUUUGCACGAAAUGCAGAAGCACAUCCAGAGAGGACUUGUGUAGUAGAAACCAAGACCUCAGACACCCCUGAGAGACGGUUCACAUACAAGCAGAUCUAUGAAGCUUCUAACCUGUUGGCGCAUCACUUGGCCGAGAAUGGGGUUGGGCUUGGUGAUGUCGUUAUGAUCUGGGCUCAUCGCUCUGUCGAUUUGGUUGUGGCUAUCAUGGGCACUCUUUCCUCGGGUGCUACCUUCUCAGUUCUUGACCCUCUAUACCCUCCUAGCAGACAACAGAUCUAUCUCGAGGUUGCUCAACCUUGUGCUUUGGUCAACAUCGCAAAGGCAUCUGAUGAAGCUGGACCUCUUGCUCCCCUCGUCAGGAGAUACAUUGACGAAGAGCUAAACCUCAAGACCGAAGUUCCUUCAUUAAGGAUCGGAGAUGAUGGUUUCUUGGCUGGAGGCGAGGUCAACGGGGUUGAUGUUUUUGCUCAAGUUCGGUCCAGAUCUGAAUCUCGUCCUGACGUCGUCAUUGGUCCUGACAAUAACCCUACACUCAGUUUUACCAGUGGCUCGGAAGGCAAACCCAAGGGUGUUUUGGGACGCCAUUACAGUCUCUGCAGAUACUUCCCUUGGAUGGCCAAGAGAUUCAACUUGUCAUCCGAAUCCAGGGUGACCAUGUUAUCAGGAAUUGCCCAUGAUCCAGUGCAGAGGGAUAUCUUCACUCCGUUGUUCUUAGGGGGUCAAUUGCUCGUACCUUCCAAGGAGGACAUUCAGCACGAAAAGCUUGCAGAAUGGAUGCGAGAGCACAAGCCUACCGUCACUCACUUGACACCAGCCAUGGGUCAAAUCCUGGUUGGAGGUGCAACUGCCGAGUUUCCAUCGCUCGAUAGGGCAUUCUUUGUUGGUGAUGUUCUGACCACCAGAGAUUGUCGACAACUUCGAAAGCUCGCCAAGAACGCCAACAUCGUCAACAUGUAUGGAACCACCGAGACGCAAAGAGCUGUCAGCUAUUUUGAGAUCCCAAGCCACUCCAAGGACCCCAAUGCUCUGGACUCUCUCGGUAACACCGUGCCCGCUGGUAAGGGUAUGCAGAAUGUGCAGCUUCUGGUCAUCGAUCGCCAGGACCGCAACAAGAUUUGCGGAGUUGGCGAAGUUGGUGAGAUUUACGUGAGAGCCGCUGGUCUUGCCGAGGGAUACAAAGAUGCGGAAACUUUGACCAAGGACAAGUUUCUGAGCUCGUGGUUUGUUGAGCCAAACAAGUGGGUUGAGGCCUACGCGCACCUGAGCAAGGACGACCCUCGACUCAAGGAUUAUGUUCCCCGUGAUCGUCUUUACCGCACAGGCGAUUUGGGACGUUACCUUGAGUCUGGUGACGUUGAGGCUACCGGCCGAGCUGAUGAUCAGGUCAAGAUUCGUGGUUUCCGAAUCGAGCUUAACGAAAUCGACAACAACCUCAGCCAGAACCCCUUGAUCCGAGACUGCAAGACCCUGGUGCGAAGAGACAAGAACGAGGAGCCAAUCCUCGUCAGCUACAUCGUCCCUGAGUUGAAUGAGUGGCCCAAGUUCCUCAAGGUCCAAGGGCUGGAAGACGUCGAGGAUGAGGGGACCGAUAUCGGACCUACCAAGGUUUACUUUAAGCGUUUCCGACGUAUGCAAACUGAGGUCCGUGACCACCUGAAGGGUCGAUUGCCUGCUUAUGCGGUUCCUACUACUUAUAUCACCCUGGAGAAGCUUCCUCUGAACCCCAACGGAAAGGUCGACAAGCCUAAUCUGCCCUUCCCUGAUAUUGCAGAGCAGACCGAGGAUGCCACCGACGAGGACCUGAAGCGUUGGGAGAGCCUCUCUCCUACAGAGCAAGCAGUUGCCACAAACUGGUCUGAACUUAUCCCUGGUCUUAAUGCAAAGACCAUUGCUCCUCAGAAUGACUUUUUCGACCUUGGUGGUCACAGUUUGCUUGCCCAGCAAAUGCUCUUGUCUGUGCGAAAGAUAAUUGGUGCAAAUGUCUCCAUCAACACUCUGUACGAGCAUCCCAGUCUUGCUGGUUUCAGUGCCCAGAUCGACAAGCAACUCAGGGGCGGCGCUACUGAGUCAGAGGAAGACAAGAACCCCGAGUAUGCCCGAUCCCUUGACGAAUUACUCAAGGGCCUUCCUUCGAAGUAUCAGUCCGCCGAUCCGUCUACCAUCCGUGCUAAGGCCAAGCCUGUUAUUUUCCUUACCGGCGCUACUGGCUUCUUGGGUGCCUACUUGAUCAAGGAUAUCCUCUCGCGUACCAGUCGUCAAAUUCAACUGAUCGCACAUGUUCGAAGUGUCAAGGACCCUAAGGGUGCCUUUUCUCGUCUCCGCCGCUCGCUCGAGGGUUAUGGUAUGUGGCGAGAUGAGUGGGAGCCUCGCCUGAGCUGCGUUGUUGGUGAUCUGGGUCAACCAAACCUUGGAAUAGAGUCAUCCGUGUGGAACAACUUGGCUCAAACUGUCGAUGUGGUUAUUCAUAACGGCGCUGCUGUCCACUGGGUUAAGCGUUAUUCGGAUAUGAAGACCGCCAACGUCAACUCUACUAUCGACGCCAUGAAGCUCUGCAACGAAGGAAGGCCCAAGACCUUUACCUUUGUCAGCUCAACCAGUGUGCUUGACACUGAGCACUAUAUCAACCUCUCUGACAAGCAGAUCAGCACCGGUCAGGGUGCUAUCUCUGAGGAGGAUGAUAUGAUGGGCAGUCGCACAGGUCUUGGAACGGGUUAUGGUCAGACCAAGUGGGUCUCGGAGCAGCUGGUUCGUGAGGCCGGAAGGAGGGGUCUUCGCGGUACAGUUGCACGACCUGGAUACAUUCUGGGUGAUAUUGAGACUGGUGUGUCGAACUCGGACGAUUUUCUCGUUCGAAUGCUCAAAAGUUCAAUUCAGCUUGGUGUCCGUCCUCGCAUCGUCAACACAGUUAACGCAGUGCCUGUUAACCACGUCGCCAACGUUGUCGUGGCUUGCGCACUUAACCCUCUACCAGGCGGUGUUCAUGUUGCCCAUAUCACUGGUCACCCUCGCCUGAGAAUGAAUGAGUACCUGUCCAGCCUUGAGUACUAUGGUUACAAAGCCCCCGAGGUCAGUUACAGCCAGUGGGUGGAUGAGCUAGAGAGCUAUGUUACAGCCGGUGGACAAGAGAAGGAUCAGGAGCAGCUCGCUCUCAUGCCUUUGUACCACUUCGUUGUCAAUGAUCUCCCCGCCAACACCAGAGCGCCUGAACUUGACGACUCAAACACCGUCAAGAUUCUUAAGGAAGAUGCUGAGCACUGGACCGGUAUCGAUGAGAGCGCUGGAUACGGUAUUUCGCGAACGGAUGUCGGGCGAUUCCUCCAUUUCCUGGCCGAGACAGGAUUCAUCUCUUGGCCUACAGGAAGAGGUCGACCACUGCCUGAGGUCAACCUGACAGCCGCUCAGCUCGAGGCUGUUGGUGCUGUUGGUGGCCGUGGUGGUAGCGGUGCUCCUGCAGCUGCACCUGGAGCUCCCAAGGUCUAA